AUGUCGCAAGGUAUAUCCUUUCCAGCGUGUAAAUACCAUUGUAUGGAAUGGAAAUACGCUGCAUUUAUCUACAUCGAGAGCAAUAAAACAUGUCUUUGUGGCUCAGAAGAAUAUACAAAUAAUGUAGAAUAUGCAAGUUCUGAUGAAAACACAGGUCUAGUUUAUGGAGUGAGGGAAACUACUGUUUUGACAUCAUAUGUGCAGGCGUUUCUGACUGUUUUAUCCCUAUAUGAGCUUGGCUAUGCUGAAGACGGUGUGUAUGUUAUUCAACCGAAGGAAGGUGUUGAUAUUGAGGUGUGGUGUGACAUGUCAAAUGGUGGAUGGACAGUAAUUCAACGCCGUCAGGAUGGAUCUGAAAUCUUUUAUAGAAAUUGGGAUGAAUAUGUAAAUGGCUUCGGGAACACAACAGGCGAGUACUGGCUUGGUCUUAAGUACAUAAACAUAUUAACUACAAUUGGGAGUGCACUUUAUAUAGAAAUGGAAACGUUUGAACAUGAUAAUGUAUCACCCGCAUCAGCUUUUGCCGAAUAUUCCACAUUUAAGGUUAAUGACGAAACUGAUAAAUAUAGGUUGACAGUUGCAGGAUUUUACGGAAACUGUUUCGAUUGUUUAAAUGCUCAUAACGGUGUGAGAUUCACUACAUUCGAUAAUGAUAAUGACUUGAGAGGUGGUGAUAAUUGUGCCGUUAUGUUCCAUGGAGUUAUACAGCGGCGCCAAGAUGGAUCUGUGGACUUCUAUAGAGGUUGGGAUGAAUACGUGGAUGGAUUUGGGAACACAACAGGCGAGUACUGGCUUGGUCUUAAAUACAUUAAUAUAUUAACAACAAUUAGUAGUGAACUUUAUAUAGAAAUGGAAACGUUUGAACAUGGUAAUGUUUCACCCGCAUCAGCUUUUGCCGAAUAUUCCACCUUUAAAGUCAAUGGCGAAAGUGACGAAUACAGGUUGUCAGUAUCGGGAUAUAAUGGAAACUGUGCGGAUUCCUUUAGCAAUCAUAACGGCUGA